AUGACAAGACUAUGCCGCUUGAACCCGGCUUUGAAGCUGUUCAGACUGCUUAGCAACUCUGCCCCAUUUUUUCAUCAAAAUGCAUCUGGUUAUACUUCAUCCUCGCAAUCUGAAAUGUCGCAUUUCAAUGCCUUGGCAUCAUCGUGGUGGGAUGUCAACGGCCCACAGAGAAUCUUGCAUAAAAUGAAUUUGUUGCGCAUGGACUUUAUCAAUAGUACCUUGAAACUGCAUCUCAAGCUUAAUGCGAAUAGCGGACCUGUACUAGAUGAUGUCUAUAUUCCUGCAUUUAAUGUCAAUUUAUUACCACCGCAGGUUCAAGAAAGGAUAGUCGAGGACCAAGAGACAAGGAGGAAAGAGUUACUUGAACAUACCAGACUACGAGUAUUAGACGUUGGCUGUGGAGGAGGAAUUUUAUCAGAGUCAAUUGCUCGCUUACCAUUUGUUGAGAGUGUUAAAGGUAUUGACUUAUCAUCUGAUGUACUCGAGGCAGCAAAGAUUCAUCGCGAUAAAGACCCCAUUCUUACAGAUAAGCUUUCGUAUGAACAAAUUGCUUUGGAAAAUAUCCCUAGAGACGAGAAAUACGAUAUCGUCACUAUGUUUGAAGUCUUGGAACAUGUCGAUUACCCUUCGCGAGUACUUGAAGAAGGACUACAAAGACUCGAUGUUGGUGGAUGGUUAUUCCUAUCGACGAUUAACAGGGACCCUAUAAGUUGGUUUACCACAAUAUUUAUGGGUGAACACCUCUUAAGGAUAGUACCCGUUGGAACGCAUACAUUGGAGAAGUAUAUCAAUCAGUAUGAAAUCAAGGAUUGGAUGGAUGAAGACACCGAUAGAAAAAAACAGUUUAAGAUUGAGGAUACUAAAGGUUGCAUUUAUUUACCAGCUUAUGGGUGGAAGUUUACAUCUUGCCCGGAUGUCGGUAACUACUUUAUGGCAAUUCAAAGGAAGUUUUAA